CUUUAGCUGUCUGUAAAUGUUCCUGCUGCAAGACUUGGAGUAAAGGCGAAAGAAGACCAACAGCCGGACAGCAGUGGACUGACCAACACAGCGUCAUCAUGUACAGUUUCAGCUUCCUACUGGUGCUAGCGUGUCUACAGGUCUGCGUCCCCUUUGUGUUUGGUGCACCAACUCAAUGUCCAAGCCAGUGCCAUUGCCAUGGGGACCUACAACAUGUUAUUUGUGACAGCGUCGGGCUGAAGAAGAUCCCCCGCAUAUCCGAGGCCACUCGUCUCCUGAACAUGCAACGCAACAACCUGGGGAAUCUCCCAACUGGGGGCUUCAGCGAAAUGAAGGGGCUUAUUUCUCUGCACCUGCAGCACUGUCAGAUCCGAGAGGUGGCCAGCCAGGCUUUCAAAGGGCUGAAGAAGCUCAUCUACCUCUAUUUGUCUAACAAUGAGAUCAGCACCAUCAAACCAGGAGCUUUUGACGACCUGACCGAACUGACUUAUCUCUACUUGGAUGGUAACCAAAUUACAAGCCUUUCAAAAGGCAUCUUUUCUCCAAUGAUCAACCUGUUUAUCCUGCAGCUUGAUGACAACAAGCUUCGAGAGCUGCAGCCUGGUACUUUCACAGGUACUAGUGAUCUCCGAUGGCUUUAUAUGAGUGGCAAUGAGUUGAGCUCCAUACAGCCAGGUUCUUUGGAUGAAGUGGAGAACCUGGCCAUUUUAACUCUGGACCGUAACAAGCUGUCCACCUACCCUCUCAUGGCUAUAAGCAAGCUGCGUGUCGUAGAGGAACUCAACCUGUCCAAAAACCCUCUCACCCUGAUUCCUGACCACGCUUUCCGGAGCUUUGGGCGCUAUAUGGAGAAACUGCAUCUAAAUGACAUGGGCCUGGAGAAGUUCUCCACUGCUGCCUUUGAGGGAGUGACGGCUCUCAAAUCUCUGCACCUUGAAAACAACAAGCUAAAAUCACUGCCGAGCAGCCUUGAGUUCGGCACCCUUCAGAACAUCACUCUGUUUAACAACCCCUGGUCCUGCAACUGCCAGAUAGCAAACCUCAGAAAAUGGAUGGACACUAGCCGUCAUCGCCCUGAUGCAGUUUGUGCUUCUCCCGGAAGCCAGAAAGGAAAGCAAAUAAGAGACAGCUCUGCUUUCACCCGCUGCAAGGCAAAGAUGAAUAGGGCCAGGAAGGGAACACGGCUUUGAGAUGGAGGACAGGGAGAAGAGGCCUGUCCAGGUGUCGGGACUUCAAUGUGCAGAAAAGAAAAGCAAUGCAGACUGCUACAUUGGGACUGUCCGUUUCCUCUCUCACUCAUUUUUUGUGACAUAUAGAUGCGCUGACUCGAUUCAUACUAAAUAACAUGAAUAGCAUAAAUGUGUGUUCACAGACUUUGACAAACACCCUGAAGGAGCAACUGUGUGAGUUUGCAAAGAGAGUUUUCACAAACAUGUACACCGCAAAGGAAAUACAGCUCAGUGUUCACCGUUAUGGUAAUGUAUGGUAAUUCAAACAACCUGCUGAUAAAACUAACAUUACCACAGAACUAGUUUCUGCAUUGUAGUAAAAAUCAAGAGUGCUAACAGGAUAAAAUGAGAAUCGGUAAAAUAGAUUUGUAUUGAUUAGCAUUUACUUAGAGACUCAGAAGUACCCUAUUGAAGCACAAAGACUUAUAGUGUGUGCACACCAAAAGCGACGUUAAUUAUUUGUAGCGAAGACACAAAUAGACGCAAAUUCGCGCCAGGCGACGUGAAUGACGAGAACUGACCAUUCACAAAAACAAGCCCUCCCUAGUU